AUGACAAGUCUUAUUAAUAUAUUGCUGAAACUUCUCAAGGAAAUCGUGAAGCGUAAUAAACCAACAAUCAUUAUUCGAAGACAAGGUGAAGCAGAUAAUGAGAUCGACAUUGAUUACUUAGAUGACUUAAAACCCCCUACUCUCCAAAACCAGGAAUAUGAUAACAAUGAUAGUAAAGAUUCUAAUAGUGAUUCUGAAGAAAAAAUUGAAACUGACGUCGAUGACGUAGCCGAAUUGAGUUUGGAGGAUGACAGGAAUAAUUCAGAACAAGAUUCGGACUCUAAUUUAGAUGAAAGCGACGAUGAUGACGAUAAUGAUGACUAUGACGAACCACCAGGAGGUGGGGAUGGUGAGGGUGGUGGGAUUUUAGGCCUACUUGCUGGACUUAGUGGAGGCGAUGGUCAGUCAGAUCUAGGAUCUCUUCUCGCAACAAUCAGUGGAAUUAUAGCUAAUUUAAGUGGCGAUGGUAUCGACCUAAAUGCUCUCAUUGCAUCUGGUAUAGGGCUGUUCGUCGGAUUAUUGUCUGAAGGCGAGGAGAAUCCAGGAGCUAUAAUAGCGAGUUAUCUUCUUACAUCACUAGAUACUAUCACCGGAGGCGGAGCUAAAAAUAAUGGAGAAUUCUUCGGAAAAUUCCUAUCGAAAUUGGUUAAGGGUACUAGCGCUGCAGGAGAUCCAGAUGCUAGCUCCGAAGAAGAAGACAAUGGAAAUAAAAUGAUUAUGGCAGACUCUGCUGGAUUUUUCCUAAGCUUCAUAUCGUCUCUUCUAGGAGAUAUGUCUAAGAGUAGCUCCAGCUCCCAUCCAUGGAGAAGAUAUUUUAAAGAGACCUGAUUAUUGAGACUGUUUUACUUUAGCGAAUAAGUUAAAAUAUACACAUAUAUUUUUUUGUUUUAUUUUUGCGUCUUUCAGUUUACCUCGACAGCAGUAAGAAAUUAAUUUCAAAAUACUUUUUAAUUCGAUUAUUGCCACUGUAUCAUGAUUUUCGAGUUUUUUCUAACAGAAUCGCCCUACCGCUAUAAUAUUCUGUAAGAACUCACUUUAUUUCUCACUCGUGAAAUGUUGAUAAACGACUUACG